CAUUUGACUGUACAUUGAAAGCAUAGCGACGACAGCAACAGGGAUAGUUUCAGGGAUCCCGAGCAGGUUGGCCCGCAUGUAAAGUUGACAAACCCGUUUAAAAAUGUGGACCAACUCGUCUGGCAUUAUGACGCGGACAUCCCUGAGCUAUAAUUUCAGCUGCGUACAGUCGUUCAGUGUCGCUUCUGCUUUGCAUACGAUUUCACACAAAAACAGAAAUCAAGGAUCCCGGUGCCAGAUGCCUGUUGAAAGCUGCUGAGAUAAGUAAGUUUAAUCAGAAACGCGUCUUUCAAACCAGGAUGGGCGCCAUUACGUCUAAAAAGUUUAAAACGUCUCCUCAGGUUCUCCUCAUGGGUCUGGAUUCAGCUGGAAAAUCCACUUUGUUGUACAGACAGCAGCGGGGAGUGCUGAUGGACACCUCACCUACCGUGGGCUUCAAUGUUGCAACUGUAGAGCUGGACAAGAAGACCUCACUGACCGUGUGGGAUAUUGGGGGACAGGGGACUAUGAGAGCCAACUGGAGAUACUACCUGGAGGGAUGUAAAGUACUGGUGUUUGUGGUGGACAGCAGUGAUCGUGACAGGUUGGGAGAAGCUAAGAAAGCUCUGAAGAAGAUUCUGAGUGAUGAACACUUGAAAGGAGUUCCCCUGAUGGUGCUGGCCAACAAAAAAGACCUGCCAAACUCUAUGACUAUAAGAGAGGUGUCUACAUUGCUGGAUCUGGACAAUUACACAGAUCGGGUAUGGGAGAUCCAAGCUUGCAGCGCCACGAAGGGACUGGGUCUCCAACAGGCCUUUCUCUCUAUAGCUAAACUACUACAUAAAGUAUGAGGAAGGUACUUUCUCACUAUCUAGGGAAUACAAAGAACACGGUUCAAUCUUGACAGUCUCCUUUUAUUUAAUUCGAACCUCAAAAAGAAAAAUGUAGAGGUUUGAUCAUGAUACUAUCAUACUAAAACUAGACAAAAAAUGGAAAGGAGGAAAGAUGAUUUAUUUAACUAAUGUACUUGUUCAGUUUUUGUAUAUGGUGUAAAUAUUGUUUUUUCCUUGUCUUCAUGUUCUGCACUUCAACAUGUGUACUGUAAUUACAGUAAGCAUCUAUUCCUUUGUAAUUUAACGCUCUGUUCCUGCGUUUUGUGUAGAGCAGAUCAGUGUCAGCAAAAGUGAUUUUUGAUGAGAAUCCUGUAAUACUGUUCAAACAUUUUGAUAUUAAAAACAACAACAAUGAGCACUA